AUGCCUUUAUUAUUCGAAGAUGAUUUCUGCUUGCAAAAAGAAAUAGAAAUAUGUGAUACAUACUUACCGAUAGAUUCGGAAAUUGAGCAAGAAACCCAAGAAAAAAUAAGGAUAAAUAUUAAUGAAAAAAUAGAGGCAGUAGAAACAAGUAAGGUAAAUACGAAAGACAAGAUAAUUAUAACAUCAGCUGUAAAUUUUGGAACCAAAGAAAAUAUUAAGAUUGAUUUAAAAAAUAUGAAGAAAAUGGCUUUGACUGAUAAAAUUAAUCGGAACUCUAAAGCAAGAAAUAGAAACCAUUACUUGAAAGAUGAAGAAAUAUUACAAGAUCUCAUGGAUUAUAAUAUUAAUUAA